GUUGGUGCGGACCACGAGAUGGCUCAUAACGGGAGAGGCGCAGUAUGGCGGCGCGUGCCAACGGUCAAAACGUCCGUCGACGUCACAUACCAAGUGCCCAACAUGGUGACACCUCCAUCGUGCUCGUCGGCCCACGCCGUCUUGUCGAAUGCCUGCCUCUUCUCCUGCAUGACGCAGUACCAAGGCGGGCUCUACCAAAGUCUCCUCGCCUUUCAAGCGUCGUUCCGGCUUCACGAACGGCCCCUCCAAAAAGGCCAGCACCAGCGCGAGGCCAUCUUGCUUACCACCGAUGCGCUCUGCACCGCGUUCGAGGGUCUUCUGCGGACGUCACCAAACGAACUGGAGCUUCUCGACCUCGGUCUCUCGGUCGCCAACGUCAAGGCAGAUCGCUCGACGACGCUGCUGGCCGUGUGCAUGGCUGCGGCCCUCGGUGACAUGGCUCGUCUCGAGCGCUACCAUCAGUGCACGCCGCUGCCAGCGCGCGCUCUUGUGUCGGCCGCCAAGUUUGGCCAGCAGGCCGUCACUGCAUUUCUUAUCUCGGCCAUCGAGGAUGUCUCGUCGAUGGUGCACGAGGCCUUCUGCAUGGCCGCACGCGAAGGCCACUUGUCUCUACUUACCCGCUGGGCACCCCACGUACCAUUGGCCGCGACGAUCCACGACGCAAUCCAGCAAGCGGCGGCGCGCGGGCAUCUGGAGGUAGCCUUAUACCUUCUCCGCCUGCCGGGCGCAGACCGCGCAGCGCGGCAUGCGAUCAAGGCGGCCAUCAUGGGCCGUCACGUUGACCUGGUCUACGCGCUCACGGCGAUGUUUCCGGACGCCGUCACCAACUCGAUGCUCAACAAGGCGGUCGUGUGCCAUGACGUGGCGCUCUUACAGCACCUCAUGGCCACAUAUGACGUGCACAUGACGCCCGGCGUGUGGUAUUACGUUGGUCUCCGCCCGCACUUGGCGAUUUUGCACUUUCUAAAGGCGCUGGCUGUGCCGGGCGCGUCCAACACGACCUUUGAUCGCGCGGCAGCGCUCGGGUCGGUCGAGAUUCUCGCGCUCCUUCACGACUCGUACGGCCUCGAAGGCACCGUCGACGCCAUGACCCUCGCAGCAAGUGCUGGCAACCUCGACGUGGUCGCCUACCUGACCCAACACCAUCUCAAUGUCGGGUGUACGACCGAUGCGAUGGACCAAGCAGCGGACCACGGCCAUUUGCACGUCGUGCAGUAUUUACAUACGCAUCGGGACGAAGGCGCGUCGCUCUUUGCGAUCGAUGGCGCGGCGGCCAGCGGCCACCUCCACGUCGUCCGCUUCCUCUGCGAAAAUCGGGUCGAAGGGUUUUCGCAGCGCGCGCUGCCCGUCGCGCAGCUCUACGGCCAUGACGCCAUCGUGAACGUGCUUCAAGCGCACCAAGCGCGUCUCGAGAAGGUCGACGACCGCCAUAUGGGCCCAUGGGUCGGCUACGCAGUCUAUGGCAUUGAGUUUUAACGUGGUAGAAUCAGCUGCUUUUGCAACAUUAUCGACCAUUUUGACGAGAUUGACCAUCUUCGUG